AUGACACGAAUAAGUGAUUAUGCACAACCACCCCCAUUACAUCACAAUUCGCUUAGUUCACAUCACAACACGGACACUACACCAAACAGCCCGCCAUCACAGAAUCAUGUCUCAACGCUGUCAGAACACCUUACACCACGGCGUGGUUACACCACACCACAUAAACCACCCCGAAACCAAGUGAUUUCAGAAUUAAUAAAAAACCAUGACAGAUUUGUUGCACCUGACUAUGAAGAAGAUUAUCCAACGGAAGUGAGUGUCCAGCUGUAUGUAAGCAGCGUCGACACAGUAUCAGAGCAAAAUAUGGAAUAUAGCGUGACUAUUCUACUGAGACAGUUAUGGCAUGACCCACGGCUCAAUUACACCAGAAUGUCUUCUCUAGCACGACUCGAGAUGGACAGCAGCCGAAUAAACAAUUUUUGGGUCCCCGACCUUUUCUUCAGUAACGAGAAAAAGGGUAGCUUUCAUGACGUCACCAAACCUAACCGAAUGCUUCUCAUCUAUCGAAACGGCACCGUUUUUUACAGCAUCCGGUUGUCUCUAACAUUGAGUUGUUAUAUGAGACUCGAACGAUAUCCGAUGGAUGAUCAGAUUUGUUCAAUGGUUAUGGAAAGUUACAGCUACAGUGCAGAAAAUGUCUUCUUCAGAUGGAUAGAAACACAGAAACCAGUUGUUGUGGAUAAAAGCAUUGAGAUGCCACAAUACACUUUGAAAAAAUAUGAUGCAACUGUUUGUAAAAAGGAUUAUGGCGAGGUAUUUUACCUCCUGUUGCCCACAGAGACCAACACCUGAUGUCUUCCCAGGAAAGGAAGAAUGGGGCUCGCUUCUUCAAAGAGACUUGAACACUUAAACCUUGACAAUCUACAAAGGGAGCUAUAUUUAUAUGUGUGUGUACGUAUGUAUGUAUCUGUGUGCGGCUCUGUGUGCCUGUCUGUAUAUAAGUACCUGCCAGUGUGUGUAUAUGUGAGCGGAGAUGAGGUGUGCAUGAUAUAUUUUAUAUGUAUUUUGUGUAUGUCUGUUUUGUAUGCUUGUAGCUUUAUUGCUUGUUUCAGUACACUGUGUGUGUGUGUGUGUGUGUGUGUG